AUGGUAAAGAAGAGCUCUGCAUCAAUCCUCUGCUUCUUAAUUACAUGCUUCAGUGCCAUUUCUGUUUCCGUACAGUAUGAAGUUUGUGACGAAACUGGUGGGAAUUUCAUGCCCAAUAGUCCAUAUGGUAAGAACCUCCGUCUCGUAAACUCUACUCUUGCUUCUAACAUCACAUCUCACGGUGGCUACUUCAACGGUUGGAUCGGGCUUGGUCAAGACCAAGUCUACGCCAUGGGGAUGUGCGCUCCAGGCGCUCUACCCGACGUUUGCUCCCACUGUAUCCAGGGCGCCUCAGAUAGUUUGCUACAGAUAUGUGUGAACCAGACACACGCUUUCUCAUGGUUUGGUAAAGAGAUCUCUUGCCUUGUUCGCUACUCUAGCAAGCCUUUCUCCGGGUUACUCGCCCUGAAGCCGGAUCAACCGUUACACAAUUAUAUGGAGAUAGAUGAAAAUAACCAGAAGGAAUUCGAUAGUGUGUGGGACGGGUUAAUGUUUCGUAUGAUCAAAGCAGUUUCUUCCUCGGUGAGAAACAAUUCUUCUACUUCUACUUCUCCUUCUUUAUCAUCGCCUAGUAGUAAAUACUAUGCAAAGGAUGUAGCUCGGGAGCCGGUCUACGGGAACAUAUCGAUGCUGAUGCAAUGCACUCCAGAUGUUUCUUCAAAAGAUUGUAAAAUUUGUCUAGAGAGCAGCAUUGAUUACUAUAAGAAAUUCUACCAUCGGAAUAGAGGCAUUAUUAUAUUGCGACCAAGUUGCUUUUUCCGGUGGGAACUGUAUCCUUUCUCGGCUGCUUUUGACAGUCUUAUAAUCUAUUCACCACCCCCGCCUUCACUACCUCCUGCACCCGGGCCUUCACAGCCUCCUUCGCCACCACCGCCUUAUGUAGCCAACCAGACCAAUAUACCCAAGAAAGGCAACAAGUCCUUUUUUGAUACAAGAUUCUCGGGAGGAAUUAUCGCUGCGAUAGUCAUUGUUACCUUCGCUUUCAUAUUAUUGAUUGCUAUAGGCGUAGCUAUUUGCAAGAGGAGAAAGCAAAAGCAAGACAUUGAACUUCCAACGGAAUCUGUUCAAUUUGAUUUAAAGACAAUUGAAGCUGCGACAAGCAACUUUUCUGAGCAAAACAAGCUUGGUGAAGGUGGAUUUGGUGAGGUUUACAAGGGUAUGCUCAUGAAUGGAACUGAAAUUGCGGUAAAGAGAUUGUCAAAAACAUCAGGACAAGGUGAAGUAGAGUUCAAGAACGAGGUCGUAGUUGUUGCAAAGCUUCAGCAUAGAAAUCUUGUUAGACUUCUCGGGUUUUCGCUCCAGGGAGAAGAGAAAUUACUGGUCUAUGAGUUUGUUCAUAACAAAAGCCUUGAUUAUUUCCUCUUCGACCAUGAGAAGAAAAUUCAGUUGGACUGGACAGUGCGACAAAAGAUUGUCGAUGGGGUAACUCGUGGGAUUUUGUAUCUUCAUCAAGAUUCACGGCUCAAAAUCAUACACCGUGACCUCAAAGCAAGUAACAUUCUCUUAGAUGCGGAUAUGAAUCCGAAAAUUGCUGAUUUUGGAAUGGCAAGGAUCUUUGGAAUUGACCAAACUGUAGCCAAUACAUCAAGAGUAGUUGGAACCUUUGGUUACAUGCCACCGGAGUAUGUGACACAUGGCCAAUUCUCGACGAAAUCAGAUGUCUAUAGCUUUGGAGUAUUGGUUCUUGAGAUCAUUAGUGGCAAAAAGAAUAGCAGCUUCUACAAGAUGGACGGUUUGGUUAACAACUUAGUCACAUAUGUCUGGAGACUUUGGGAGAACAAAUCAUUGCCUGACCUCGUAGAUCCUUGUAUCAGAGAGGAUUGUAAAAUCGAUGAAGUCAUUAGAUACAUCCAUAUCGGGCUACUAUGUGUUCAAGAAAAUCCUGCAGAUCGUCCAACAAUGUCGACCAUUCACCAGAUACUCACAACCAGCUCAAUUACUCUGCCUAUACCUCUGCCACCUGGAUUUUUCUUCAAGAACGAACAAAGGUCAACCUCAAUAGCCCCGGGGCUGGAGCCGGGUCAAUCAAGCAGCAAGUCUUUUACUUGUUCUGUAGAUGAAGCAACAAUCACCAAUGUUAUUCCUCGCUGA